CAACAAUAACGUGCCUGAAUAUAUAAAUCUCGCUUCGACGCGCGCAAAACAACGCAGCAGACGUCUUUCUGUACAACGCAGCUAACCAGUAGCAGAAACUUUUUAUUUUAGAUGCUACAAUUUUUUGUUGUUUUUUAGUGAAUCAGAAAUAUUAAGGAAAAUUUCAAAGAUGGAUGAAGACUUAUUGAAGCCAUAUUUUACUGGGAAACAAUUUGCAGCCAUGUCGGAAUAUGAGAAGAAGAGGCAUCUUAACAUGAAACAGAAUUAUGAAAUGAUGAUUAAAAUAGGACUGGAAGUUUCAAAGCCAGUUUUCAUGAAAGGACCAUUUCAUCCAAAAAAGAGAAAAGUUAUUGAUAGUGACGACAGUGAUGAAGAUUGGAAACCUGGGGUAGACGCUGUUACUGUGAAAAGAAAGAAGAUAUCCAGUAGAUUUAGUGCUCCAUUUCGUGUAUAUGGACAAACAAGUAAAAAUCAAAACAUAAAGAGGAACCAACUUGCUGAAACAGAGUCUGCAUCUAAUUCUGGCAAUGGUGGCAAUAUUCAAAGUGAUGACUGCAGAUCUGCAGGAAAGUCUAGGAAAGCUAAAGGUGGUGGUGUUGCAUCAAACCGCUAUCCAAAAAGAAGUGAAAUUAAGCCUAUGGUUUGCUAUAAGGAGUCAGAAAUACCAGAUGAUGACAACUUCAUUUAUUGUGAAGACUGCUGUGAACUGAAUGAGGGUCAGUGUCCACUUCACCCGCUAAUUAAAGUAAAGGAUAAACCAACAUCUAAAACAUGCAAUGAUCGUGCACGUUUAAGUCUUCCUGAUGGUCUUCAAAUUAGACCGUCAAAAAUAAGGAAGGCAGGGCUUGGUGUUUGGACAAAGACAAGUUUUCCUAAAGGUGUUCAGUUUGGGCCAUAUGAGGGUGAAGUUGUAUUUGGUGAUGAAGGUUACAGUGGUUAUGCAUGGCAGAUAUAUAAAGAAGGAAAAAGAAGUCACUUUAUUGAUGGGCAGAAGGAGAACAAGUCAAACUGGAUGAGGUUCGUGAACUGUGCUAGAAAUGAACAUGAACAGAAUCUGGUAGCUUUCCAGUAUCAUAACCAAAUCUACUACAGAACUUUCAAACCAAUAUUGGCUCACUGUGAGUUGUUAGUGUUUUAUGGGCAGGAGUAUGCUCAGGAAUUAAAGAUUACUGAUUUUUACAGUGGAGUUUUGCUGAAAAAUACAAAGAAAAAAGGGGGAUGCAAGAUGGCCUUUGAGGAACAAAAAAGUGAAAAUCAGAUAAUAAAUGAUGUUUCUAAGCAACAAUUAUGCUACAAGAGUAAAACCUUUGUUCCCAACCAAACUGAGCAGAAUAAUUUUUGUGCCACUUCAAAGAGAAGAAUUAAUGUGCAGACAGAAAACCAGAAAAAUACAGUGCCAACUAGUCACAAACCAUCUGAAGAUAAUAGCAUUGAUGAAUACAGCAAUAGGAAAUUAAAUAUUAGUAGUAAUUCGAAAAAAGAUUUGAAAAUACACACGACAGGAGGGAAAACAUAUGACUGUAAACACUGUGGAAAUAAAUUUACUCAAAGUUUUAAUUUGCAAAGACAUCUAAAAAUACAUACAGACGAAAAACAAUAUGAAUGUGGACACUGUGGUAAAGAAUUUAUUGAGGGUGGUCAUUUGAAAAGACAUAUAAGAAUACACACAGGACAGACACCAUAUGAAUGCCAACACUGUGGAAAGAAAUUUAAACAAAGUGCUGAUUUGAAAAUACAUAUAAGAAUGCACACAGGCGAGACACCAUAUGAAUGUGAACACUGUGGAAACAGAUUUAGUGAUAAUAGUAAUUUGAAAGCACAUGUAAGGAUACACACAGGUGAGACACCAUAUGAAUGUGAACACUGUGGAAGGAAAUUUAAUCAUAGUGGUAGUUUGAAAAGACAUUUGAGAAUACACACAGGUGAGACACCAUAUGAAUGUGAACACUGUGGAAGGAAAUUUAAUCAUAGUGGUAGUUUGAAAACACAUUUGAGAAUACACACAGGUGAGACACCAUAUGAAUGUGAACACUGUGGAAGGAAAUUUAAACAAAGUGGUCAUUUGAAAAAACACUUGAGAAUACACACUGGAGAGAAACCAUAUGAAUGUGAACACUGUGAAAGGAAAUUUAAACAAAGUGGUGAUUUGAAAACACAUAUAAGAAUACACGCUGGACAGACACCAUAUGAAUGUGAACACUGUGGAAGGAAAUUUAAACAAAGUGGUCAUUUGAAAAAACACUUGAGAAUACACACAGGUGAGACACCAUAUGAAUGUGAACACUGUGGAACGAAAUUUAAACAAAGUGGUGAUUUGAAAAGACAUAUAAGAAUACACACUGGAGAGAAACCAUAUGAAUGCCAACACUGUGGAAAGAAAUUUAGAAAUAAUAGCAGUUUUAAAUGGCAUUUAAAAAAAUGUACAAACAGUAAAAAAGAUAUAGCAAGAUAUAUGAUUGAGAAAGAAGAAUAG